AUGGAUGCAGAUUCAAAAGCAUUAGAUGAAUUAAUUUUACUACAUUAUCCACAACUUGAUUUAAGUGAUGACUUAACAGAUGAUGAUAUUGAAGAGUUUCGUUAUCAUUCAAAACAAAUCUUAACUGCUUUAUUUCCAGCAAGACCAUCAUCUUGUCUUGUUCAAUAUCAUACAUUCCAAUAUAAUACUAAGCAAAUAAAUAUGUAUUCUAUACAACAUGAACAAAUAAAUGAUUGGAAAUAUUCUAAUCAAUCAUUAAUUCUUUAUUUUCAUGGUGGUGGAUUUGUUUUUGGUGAUAUUGAUACAUAUUCUUGUUUUGAAUGUCAUCUAUCAAAAUCUCUUAAUAUGUUAAUACUUCAUGUUGAUUUUCGUCUUGCACCUGAAUAUUCUCUUAAAGAAACUAUUGAAGAUGUUAUUAAUGUUUAUCAAGUUUUACUUGAUGCUGAUCCAAAUAUUAAUCAACGAUUAAUUGGAAUGGGUGCUUCCUCAGGUGGAAUGCUUUGGAUUUAUCUUUUACAAUGGAUUAUAUCAAAUAAUAAACCUGUUCCACAAGGUGUUGUUUUACAUUCUCCAUGGCCUAAUCUUGAAUAUUUGGAUAGAAUUGCUAGAUUCCAUACGGAUGGUUAUUUAUCAUUAAAACUUGCAUAUAAUUUAAGACAAUUAGCAAUUGGUAAAGAUACUAAUUGGUUUGAAGUGACUGAUGAAGAACUAAGUAAAAUAAGUCCAAAAGAUAAUUC